GCGGCGGGCGGGCGGGCGGGCGGAAGGGGAGGAGAGGAGCGGGCCGAGCCAGUCCGGAGGGGCCCGGGGCUAGGACGAGAGGAGACACGGAGCAGCGGCUCCCGGCCCGCCCAGCUCCGCGCCGCCGCCGCCGCCGAGAUGCUCCAGACCUUGUACGACUACUUCUGGUGGGAGCGGCUGUGGCUGCCUGUGAACUUAACCUGGGCUGAUCUAGAAGACCGAGAUGGACGCAUCUACGCCAAAGCCUCAGACCUCUACAUCACACUACCCCUGGCCUUGCUCUUCCUCAUCAUUCGACACUUUUUUGAGCUUUACGUGGCCACACCACUGGCUGCCCUCCUGAAUGUAAAGGAGAAAACUCGGCUGCGGGCUCCUCCCAACCCCACCUUGGAGCAUUUUUACCUGACCAGCGGCAAGCAUCCUAAACAGGUGGAGGUAGAGCAGUUGUCCCGGCAGAGCGGGCUCUCUGGCCGCCAGGUAGAGCGAUGGUUCCGCCGCCGCCGCAACCAGGACCGGCCCAGUCUCCUCAAGAAGUUCCGAGAAGCCUGCUGGAGAUUCACAUUUUACCUGGUUGCUUUCAUUGCUGGCAUGGCUGUCAUUGUGGAUAAACCCUGGUUCUAUGACAUGAAGAAAGUUUGGGAGGGAUAUCCCAUACAGAGCACCAUCCCUUCUCAGUACUGGUACUACAUGAUUGAGCUUUCUUUCUUGGUCCUCUUCAGCAUCGCCUCUGAUGUUAAGCGAAGGUGGGUCAAGGGCCUGUGCUAUUAA